AUGCUCAAUAAUCUAACUACUGCUCUAGGAGGUCACAAAGAGCAGUGUUCAGAGAACAAGCUCGACUUGAAGCCGAACCUGGAGAGGCAUCAUGCGACAGGGGCGAGGCUCCUCGGGCACUCCAUACGAGCUGAACAUUUACAAGGUGGUAUUCAUCAACAGCACAGCGGUCACAUGGCCACAGUACCUGUCAGCAUGUCUUCAUCCACAUCUGAUAGUGACAAGCCAGCGAAACAGAAAAGACAUAGAACGAGGUUUACACCGGCGCAGCUAAAUGAAUUGGAGCGAUGCUUCACUAAAACACAUUACCCGGAUAUAUUCAUGAGGGAGGAAAUAGCGAUGCGCAUUGGACUCACGGAGAGUAGAGUACAGGUCUGGUUUCAAAACCGUCGCGCCAAAUGGAAGAAGCGUAAGAAGAGUACUAAUGUGUUUCGUUCCCCGGGCGCGCUGCUGCCUUCUCAUGGUCUGCCACCUUUCGGGGCUGGUGAUGUCUGCAGUCCAGGAGUUUUCGCUGAUAGACCCUGGUCUAUGCCUGCAGGUUUGGGCCAGUUGUCUCAAGGCGGUGUGGCGAUGGGCGGCUUCGGCCAGUUGUCUGAACUCAACCCGGCACUACCCAUCAGCUCAGUGGCAUCACAGCCUUAUCAGUCACACUACCCGCUGAAUACACUCGGUGAUACAAUGAUGUCUUAUUGUAACAACAUUAGCGGCCAGCAGCUGGAGGGGUCAGCGACCCCGACCCCGCCGCACGGGGGUCACUGUGGACCCAAUAAUGGAUCACCUACCAACGGUGGCAAUGAAUGUGGCGAGGAUGAAGUAUGGCGCGGUCACAGUAUCGCGGCCUUAAGGCGACGUGCCUCCGAACUAUCGGCCGCUAUACCACCAUACUUACAACUCAACUACGACGCACACAGCCCCGUAUAUUGA